CCCGUAUCAACCAGAGAGCCGAACUUAAUCAAUAGCCACCGCGAUCGUCCGACGAAAGAAAAGAAAAGAAAUAAUGCCUCUAGGGGUGUCCUGGAUGACACACAAUUAAUUUGCCCAUGUCCCUUGUAGCACCUUGCUUUGACCUUGGCCGGAAUCUGGGACAGCGACUGACUGUGAGACCGUCUCGCGCGUGCAAACCAUCCUCGUCUCCUGUUUCCAGAUCCUUCGCUUCUUUCAGUCCGGGAAGUUCGAGCAGGUGGCUGAGGAGCUGGCCGAUCAGAAGAAUGGCUGUAAACGGCACUCAUGCAGUGAACGGCGUCAAUGGUACCCGAUCAAAGCAUGACAUCUCUGCCUUGAAAGUCAACCAAUCGCGGUUGAUGGAUGCCAUUCACAGUGGCUGCAAGUAUGGCGCUGCCCAUCGCUAUGGAGAUGACCCUGUCGAAACUGGAAUGGCAAGGCUGAGUCUCAAUGACGCGGACAAGGAAGUACGAGACUGGUUCAUGGGCGUCACUGCCUCGUUGAAUUGCAAGACAACUAUUGACCAGAUGGGAAACAUGUUCGCUGUGAGGCCCGGGAAGAACCCCAAAGCGCCUCCGAUCAUGAUGGGCUCGCAUCUCGACACUCAACCGACAGGCGGGAGAUAUGACGGCAUCUUGGGUGUCAACUCCGGGCUUGAAGUCCUGAGGGUUCUGCACGAAAACAAUGUUGAGACCGAAGGAAGUAUUGGGGUAGUGAACUGGACCAACGAAGAGGGCGCGCGCUUUCCUAUGAUGGCCGUGUCGUCUGGCGUAUGGGCUGAAGCGGUGUCUUUGGAAACGGCCUGGAAUCUGCCCGAAGUGUCACCAGGAGACGAUGGACACCGCAAGACAAUGAAGCAAGAACUCGAAAGGAUUGGAUAUCUCGGGUCACAGCCGGCGUCCUACAAAGCAUUUCCCAUAGCCGCCCACUUCGAAGUUCAUAUCGAGCAAGGUCCCAUCCUGGAAGCGGAGAAAAGGAGAGUAGGGGUCGUCAAAGGUGUGCAAGCAUUCAAAUGGUUUGAAAUCACAGUAAAGGGGCGCGAUACUCACGCCGGAACCACCCCUUUCACGGCUAGGAUGGACUCGAUGCUGUGCGCUGCAAAGCUGAUUGUCGAGUCCAACGCCAUUGCGAAGAAACUUGGAGGUCUUGCAACGACCGGCAUCCUAAACCAACAGCCCGGGUCGAUCAACACCAUGGCUCACACGGUGACCUUCACUCUGGAUAUUCGACACACUGAGGAUGCCAAGCUCGCCGAGAUUGAGGAAACAUGUCGAUCAGAAUUCGCAAGGAUUGCAGAGAAAGAGAGCGAGAAAGGCUGCAAAGUGGAAUGGAAGGAACUGGUGGACAGCCCGGCAGUCAAUUUCCAUGCCGACUGUGUUGCUGCCGUCGAGGCGAGCGCGAAGGAGGUGUGUGAAGACCUCCCCAUGACUGCCGACGAUGGGCAGUUGUGGAAAUAUAUGAUCAGCGGCGCCGGUCAUGAUAGUUGCUACACAAACCGUCGUUGUCCAACAAGCAUGAUCUUUACCGUCACCAAGGACGGAAUCAGUCACAAUCCGAAGGAAUACUGCAGCCCGGAAGACUGCGCCAUCGGUGCCCAGGUACUGCUCGGAGCGGUGCUGAGGUAUGACAAACUGCGAGCUGAAAGAGGAGACCUCGCCUGAAGCCGGGAACACCAAGGGGAGGGUCAAGAAGACAAGCUGGAAACUGGGACUUGUGCUGCCUUGUCAAAUUCUCACAAAAGAUAUCGCUCUAUUGGUUCUGUUGGCCGAUCUUGAUGUCCCGAAAUAUCCCAUGGCCUUGCUCGUCAUGUUCCGAUAUUGCGCCUGUGCCUCAAGGAAAAUCUG